AUGAACAGAGGUUUAUCGGAGCAAGCGGUGGCCGAUGCCUGCAAGGAAGGAGACCCAGCCACCAAGGACUACAUGAUGCAGCAAACCAUGCUGAGGGUCAAAGAUCCCGCUCGAUCCCUCGACUUCUACACCCGAAUCCUUGGAAUGACGUUGUUGCAGAAGAUCGACUUCCCAUCCGUGCGCUUCACUCUCUACUUCCUGGGCUUCGAGAACAAGGCUGACAUUCCGUCGGACAUCCGAGAGAGAACAGCCUGGACUUUUUCCCGGAGAGCCACCUUGGAGCUCACGCACAAUUGGGGGUCCGAGUCAAAUGCAAGUUUGUCGUAUCACAAUGGAAACAGAGACCCCAUCGGCUUUGGUCACAUUGGCAUCGCUGUUCCCGACGUUGGCAUCGCUUGUCACUUGUUUCAAUCUCUGGGCGUCACCUUUAUCAAGAAACCACACUCUGGCAAGAGGAAAGGUCUGGCCUUUAUUCAGGAUCCUGAUGGCUAUUGGAUUGAGAUCUUCAGUCCAAACAAUAUGGCAGACUUGAUGGCGCCUUGA